AUGGAAACACAUGCAGAAUAUUUAAAUCUUCAGAAGGAAGAAAAAUCCACUUUAGAUGAUGACACCCUUUUAAAUUUUACAAGUUCAAAAAUCUUAAAACUAUCAAAAAAACAAAACUUAUCAACAUUUUCUUUAUCAAAUUCAAAAUCAAAUAAAGAUAUAGAUCAUCAACCAUCAGAAUCAUAUAUUAAAAAUAAAGACCAAUUAUUUAUGUCAUCCCUAUUAAAUACGGACAUAUUAUGGAAAGCAACAAACAAAUCACUAGAAAAUGAUAUACAUAAUUUGUUAAAAAAAGAAACUAAUCAAAUACCUCAAUUAACCAUUAAAAAACAAUUCGUUAAUAAUAACAAUUAUUUUUCAAAAUUUAAUAAACAUAUUAACAUGUCUGAAAAUAUGCUUUGCAACACUACUGAUUUACAUGAAAAUAAAACAUUAUUUAAUAAAUCAGAUUCGAAAAAUGAUUAUAUUAUUCCCCAUUCUAUUGAAUUACAAUCAUCACCAUCAUAUUCACAAAAGAAUAGUGUUUUUCAUUCAUAUAGAAAUGGGGCUUUAGAAAAUAUUCGGGUACCUACAUUAUGGAAUGAACUUUCGGAAUUAAAAAUUCGAGUUAAAAAACUUGAAAUUGCAAAUAAAUUGAAAAAAUCAUCUAAUUUCAACGACUUUGAAACAUCAAGUUUAGAUGGAAAUAUAUUAUUUAAUAAUUCAACUUUAAGUAAAACGAAGAUUGAAGCACCUUAUCGUGUACUCUAUGCAUCAUUAGAAAAGAUGAAAUCAAAUAGUGUAUCUAAAGAAUUAUGGAUGCCAUUAGAACGAAUUAUUAACGAAAUAUUAUCAUUUAAAAAUAUAAAAAAUGAAAAAACAGAGGAAAAAAUUGAAAAUAUGUUAAGAAGUUUAACAGAAUUAUCAUUAGCAAUCUACGACUAUCAUCAAGACAUUACAGAACUUAAUUAUUCAUCAGAAAAAAAGAAACAAUUAGACCAUUCGUUAAAGAGAUCCAACAGCGAACAUAAUAUUGGACUACUUAAUAAAAGAUCUAGCUUUUUUAUAAAACAAUAUCAAAAAAAUACGAGGCCUUUUCAAACAUCUAAGACCAUAGAAAAUGACAAAGAUUUAUUAAAUUCCUGUUCAUUAUCAAAUUUCAAUUCAUAUCCAAAAUAUCACUAUAAUAACGACAAAUACAAAGACAAUAUUUAUUCUACUCAUUCUAAACCAAAAAUAUUCAAUACAACUAAUUUCAAAACACCAUUUUCUAAUGGAGAAAAUAUUAAUUUUACAAAUAUAAGCACUCCAGAGACAAUUUCGGAAUCAAAUUUUAUAAAUAAUUCUAAAUAUUGAUGAUAAAGUGAACAUCAAAAUAAUAUAUCUACAUAUUUUUCAUAACAAUAUCUAAAAUCUUAAGAUAACAAUACAGU